AUGUCGGGAAAGAAACCGAAAACAUUUUUCACCGAUCAAGACCCUGCUAUGGCAAAGGCUAUUUCGUUGGUUAUGCCUGACACAUUCCAUAGAAUAUGCAUGUGGCAUAUGAAGCAAAAUGCAAUUAAGCACUUGGGAAGUAAAUAUGUAGGUGAUCAUGGUGGGAUUGGUGCCGAGCUUAGUAAAUUCAUUUACAAUUAUGAGGAUGAGGAAUGCUUUUGCAUUGCUUGGGAAGAAAUGCUUGACAGAUUUGAUGUUCAUGAUAAUAGUUGGUUGCCUACUAUAUAUGGGGUGAGGGAAAAAUGGGCAAAGCCUUAUGUUAUGACAGUUUGGUCGGCUUGGGCUAAUACUACACAAGUAAGUAAAAGCUUCAAUGCCAAGCUUCGUAAUUUCUUGCAAUCGGACUUAGGAAUAGUGCAUUUCUUUAAGCAUUUUGAAAGGGUUGUUGAUGAUAUUAACCACAUAGAGUUGGAAUGUGAAUAUGCUUCUCGUCAAAAGUUACCGAGAAUUGGAUUACCCGUUCCCAUGUUGAUUAAUACAGGAGAUUUUUACACAAACCAGAUUUUUGAAUUAUUCAAGAUAGAAUAUUUGAAUAGCUUGCGUGAUUUUGCUUGGAAACAAGAUGAAAGUAACCUUUCACAUGACUAUAUGGUCAAGACACCUGAUGAGCCUAUGGUUCGUGAAGUGAAAGCCAACCCACAAGGCCCUCAAGUGUCAUGCACUUGUCGAUUGUUUGAGAGAUGUGGAAUUUUGUGUUCCCAUGCUUUCAAAGGCCUUGACAUGAUGAACAUCAAAGAGAUACCAGAAUCUUACUUGUUGAAGAUAUGGGCAAAAAAAUCCAAAGACGGAUUGGUGCAAGAAAAUAAUUGGUGUGUAGCUAAACAAGUUGUGGCUGAUUUGGAUAUGAAUGCUCAUUAUAGAAUGUUGUGCCCGAGUUUGAUUAAGUUGGGUUGUCGUGCGGUUGAAAGCAAAGAAACUACAUGCAUGCUUUUGAAAAAUUCUAUUGAAAUGGCAAAAAAGAUUGAUGAUGUCUUAAGCAAACAAGCUAGUGUGAACGAACAAGAAAAUGAUGCUCAUGCACCUUCAUGUCCACAAAAAUCAAGUGAAAAGGUUGCAGAAGAAAAUCAACCUCAUGUUUUUAAAGCGAAUGGGUUAAAAAAAAAAUGA